AUGAUGGCAGUCGCAUGUAAAUCUAUGUUACAUUCAUGUUCGUCCUCGCAUCUUGUCCUCCCCUUCGCCUAUGUUCAAGCUUGCCGCCAGAAUCCAAAUGAAAUUCUUAUAUUAUCAUCUGGAAUUCUUUCACAAAGUUUUACUCAAGAUGAAAUUCUAUGUGAAUCAAUUGAUUUUGCUUUACCAUCUUGCUUUUAUGAUCAACAUAAUAAAAAUAUUUCUUUAUGUCAUCGUAAAUUAUCUUCAAAUUUAUAUAAGGACAAAUCAAUUGAUUUCAAUUUAUGUAAUUAUGAAAAUAUUCAGAAAUAUCUUCAACUCAAUACUCAUCAAAAUGAAGAUGCUAAAUUAGAUAAAGAUUUAUCAUUUCUUGAUAAUAUUAAUGAAGAAGAUUUCGUAACAAAUAUUUGUGAUGAAUCAAUGAAAUUUUCACAAUUUAAUAAUCAAAUAGAUUUUAAUGAAUUAUGUUUAUGA